AUGAAUGACUUCCCGAGCUCGGCGGACUUCUACCGGGACGAGCCCCGUGGCAUCGAAGACAGUUCAACCCACAGCGACAUCGAUAGUGUCAUUGGUGGCAUCGGGAAUGGCAUCGUCACUCAUGCGCCCAAAGAGGGCUUCCGCUUGGGUUAUUUCGAUGUUAGCUGUCUGGUCAUCAACCGGAUGAUUGGCACCGGCAUCUUCAUGUCGCCUAAGCGAGUGAUGGAGGGCACCGGGAGCGUCGGCGCCAGCCUGCUCUUGUGGUUUGCCGGCAUCAUCUACUGCCUCUGUGGCACCCACGUAUACAUCGAGUACGGCAUGAACGUCCCUCGAUACAUAAUCGACGGAGUCGAGAGCUCGGUGCCGCGAUCCGGGGGCGACCUUGUCUACCUCCAAUACGUCUUCCGCAAGCCCGCCUAUCGGAAAAACACCAUUCUCUUGUCGACCUGCAUCUUUGGCAUAAGCUUCAUCGUCCUCGGGAACAUGGCCGGCAACUGCAUCCAUUUCGCACUUCGCGUUCUCGAGGCCGCCGGCUUCGAUAAGCCCGAAAACGGCCCAGUCCGCGGCAUUGCCCUCGCCGCCGCCACCUUUUCGUGCAGUGUUCAUGCUCUCAGCCGUCGCUUUGGCAUUCUGCUAAACAACACCCUGGCCAUGAUGAAGAUUAUGAUUAUGCUGCUCAUCAUCGUUGCUGCCAUCGUCGUGGGAGCCGGUGGGUUUCCGGCGACCAAAAACGUCAUCGCCGACAACACGUCGCCAAAGAACUCGUUCAGAGACGCGUCGAAAGAAGCCAACGGCUAUGCCCAGGCAUUUCUCGCUAUAAUAUUCACCUUUUCUGGGUUCGAGCAGCCAAACUACGUCCUCGGAGAGAUCAGCCGGCCUAGGAAGAAGUUUCCGAUCGCCAUGAGGGCCGGCGUGGGUGUUGUUGUGGUGUUGUACCUCGCCGUCAACAUCUGCUACUUGGUAGUCGUUCCCAAGGACGAGCAGGCUCUGUACAACGUUGCUCAGCGGUUCUUCCAGCUCACCUUUGGAUCGCUGGGCUCGGCCGAUGCCGCGAAUAACGGCACGGGUUUCCGCAUCUUCAACGCCGUUCUCGCUGUUUCUUCCAUGGGCAACAUCAUUGUCAUGACAUAUACAGCCGCCCGCGUGAAGCAAGAGAUUGCGAAGGAGGGAAUCCUGCCUUGGCCAAAGUUCUUCGCCCAGAACACGGACAUGAGCAUCGGUCGGCUGAUCAGGUGGUUCCAGAAGAAAGGCUGGUUCGUCUCGCUCCAUCGGAUUCGGUGGCUCUCCCCGGAGCAUCAUACCGAGAGGACGCCCGUUGGUGCCCUGGUACUCCAUUUUGUCAGCUGCGUCAUACUCAUCUUCGCGACGUACGGCAUACAGCCGACCACGGCAUACACCUUGCUUACGUCGCUGAGCGCGUACGUCAUCAACGCCUUCAUGGGGACCUUUCUGGGUUUGGGUAUCCUCAUCCUGCGCUUCCGAGGACCACCCAGGACCGUCGCCGAAGAUGACGCCUCAACCAACGGACGGGACUCGCAGCCGCUGACCUGGGCGGAAAUGACGGGGAAGCGAUUCCGGCCCUCCUUGUCUGUCUUUUGCGCCCUCGUGUACACGUGCGGAGGCCUCUUCCCGGUAAUAACCAACUGGGUUCCUCCGGGGACCUUGUCCGCGACGCUCAAGCCAUGGUACUUGCUCCCUACCGUUUCGUGGAUCAUCAUCGGCAUCGGCGCCGCUUGGUUCCUAGGUUUCGUGCUCGUCGCACGCUACAUCGAAAGAAAGGAUCACAGUGAGUUCGUGGUGGAGAAGAGGCCGGAAUUCGAGCCGGCUGACGGCAGUAACCGAAAUCCUGAGGCCGCUGGCACCGGAAUUGACCUCAUCCAGGUGCAUGAGACGGUGUAUCUCAGCUGGGUCGGUAAGGAAGCGCUUCGUUCGAGGCGGCCGGUCUUUGAAGACUCUAAACAUGCGGAUGGAGCUGUGAGGGAGGUUCCCAUGUCUCCCUAUGCGGGCACCGACUUUGCUGCCUUCAUGUCAAAUCAGACGGCACCCGAUAGGUGA